AUGGGUCUCACCCAAAGUCUCGUGCAUUUCCGACAGCGUGUUGAGUCUCGCGAUGUUUGCCUCAGUACCGGCGGGAACGCUCACAUACACGCCGGAAAGAUGACAGCUGCACCUUACAACUACUCUUACAUCUUUAAAUACAUCAUCAUUGGGGACAUGGGCGUGGGAAAGUCCUGUCUGCUGCACCAGUUCACAGAGAAGAAAUUCAUGGCAGAUUGCCCUCACACCAUCGGCGUGGAGUUCGGCACCAGGAUCAUGGAGGUGAACGGGCAGAAGGUGAAGCUGCAGAUCUGGGACACGGCCGGACAGGAGCGUUUCAGAGCCGUCACCAGGUCUUACUACAGAGGAGCUGCCGGAGCUCUCAUGGUCUACGACAUCACCAGGAGAAGUACAUACAACCAUCUGAGCAGCUGGUUAACAGACGCUCGUAACCUCACCAACCCCAACACGGUGAUUAUCCUGAUCGGGAACAAAGCCGACCUGGAGGCUCAGAGGGAUGUGACUUACGAAGAGGCAAAGCAGUUUGCUGACGAGAAUGGUCUGCUGUUCCUUGAGGCCAGCGCUAAAACAGGGGAGAACGUGGAGGAGGCUUUCCUGGAGGCGGCCAAACGGAUCUAUCAGAACAUUCAGGACGGAAGUCUGGACCUGAACGCAGCCGAGUCCGGAGUCCAGCACAAGCCAGCCAAUACGCAGAGACUCAACGGAGAAGCCACGCCCCCCAAGGAGAACUGCUCCUGCUAA